AUGAGACGCGCCUUGGGNGAAAAGUUCAUGGAGUCUCUGGAGCACCUCCCCCAGGAGGCGGUACCACCCACGCGGGACAACCCCUACGGAGGUCAAGAGGCCAGGAACAUGGCAUACGCACGAACGAGAAGCUCGCAAGGGCAAGGGGGGCACGCGUUCCUGAGAGCGGCUCCCACCGACCGAGCUCGAGAGAUUCCAUCGAACGAAUUCGUCUACGCGACGAGACGCGCCUUGGGAGUUGAAGAAUUCUUGGCGGAAAGAUGUCCCAGGUGCCACAGAGGCAGGGAAGGCGAGAUCAUCACAACGGUGCACGCAAGGACCUUUCCAAGGGAUGGAGCACAGGUCAACAUGCACAAGCCGUUAAAGUACGCACUAUCGAGGGCAUGCAACGGCCUUCGCGUCAAACACGACGUUGAAAGCGGGGCACCGUUCACGGGGGAAAGAAACCUGAGCAUGGACAUCGUCAUCAGGCCAGGAGCCCUCACGAACGCAUCUUCUCCGGGGUACCGCAACAAAGGAAUACUCCUCGAUGUCACACACGCAGACCCGCAAGCACAGGUACACUUGCGGAACGGCAGCGCGACCAGCGAUGGAAUCGCAGCCCAAGCAUCCGAGGCGCGAAAGCGUCAGCACUACGCUCGUCCGGGACACGUGUCCUUUGACGAACGCAGCUUUAAACUUACCACCUUAGCCGUGGAAAGCUUUGGCCGCCUUGGAGAGGAGGGUUACGAGUUCAUCGAUGAACUUGCGACACAUGCCGUGGGAGGAAGGGACGGAGGAACGAUGGCUCUGAAAGGAGUCUUCAAGGAACGACUUCUUCAGAUCGUUUCGGUGGCUACACAGGUGGCCAUAUCUCGGCGAGUGCAGAGGUACAAGCUCGCAUUGCGCGGGCGUCAAGACGCCGAAAACACGCGAACAAGAUCGACCUCGGACCAGCCAACGCCAACGUUAUGGGGAUGGAGUGUAGACGCAUCGUAUAACGCAUUUUCGUUUGAAGUUGGCGUCUUGUUUGAGAGUAGAUGUGACAGAUUUGCGAAGAAUAGGGUAAGAUGUUAUCAUGAACGGAGAAGAAAGGGCUUUUCCAACACGGAGAUGUAGCAUGGAUCAAAGCAUUUGUUGGAUUUCAGCUUUUACAAGAGGAUAUCAACGCAGUAGUAUUUUAGCAAGCUUACGAACGCAUGUAGGAUACCAUGAGGAUUGUCAUUGGUUUUAUUUCAAAUUGAAGAGGAGAUAUUUUUACGAUGUAAGUGACAGUAGAAAUAAGUCCUACAUAUUGGUAUGUUGUUGUACGUCGUAUUGGUUCAACAGCCAUGUAGAGUAUGAGACAUUAAGUGAAAGUUUUCUGAGG